UUAGUUUGAAUGUGAUGCCAGGGAGACACAAUCUACUCGAGGCAAAUGAUGACAUGGGGUCUGAAGAUGGAUAUUACGAAGAUGAUUACUUACCAAAGGUAGAUAAUCUCCGAGCAGAUGGUUACGAGGAGGAGUUUAAGAAAGCUAUUUCAGUUCUUGAACAGAAGCACAAACACCCCAGAAAUGGAGAAGUUCACAACAUUUGUGAUACUCAAGUUAAGGAAAACGAAGACGAGUUGUAUUUAAAGAAGGUUAGUUUGUACAGAUCCGUGGCUAACAGACAAAGCAUGACUCGACGCAGUAUUGACAGUGAUCUUGACAAACUGUCUUCUUCUCUUAUCUCCAGCAAGGAGAGGUGGUCUUCACAGACAGAUGUAAACGAUGACGUCAGCGAUUUUACUGUUCAAGUUAAUGGUGAAGUUAAUGGUGAAGUUACUGGUGAAGUUAAUGGUGAAGUUAAUGAUUUUAACGACGUCACAGUUGAUGGUGAUGGUGACGUCACAGUUGAUAUUAAUGGUGACUUCACUGUUGAUGUUAAUGGUGAGUACGUAAGUUUACAAGCUCCUGAAAUGGAAGAUAACAAGGAAACAAGUCAGUGUUCUCUGCAAGUUCACAACAGUCCUAUCAGAUCUUCUCACAGUUCUAACAGUUUACAAUCAGACAACCGUAAGCUGAGCGACAACAAACUGAACGGUAGCUCAGUGUCACUCCCUCUGAACAGGACUCUCAGCAACCUCAGCCUCCAAGCUAAACAUCUGAACAAGAGCAAUUCCUCUGUCGAUUCCAGCUGUUCGAUGCCAGAUGGGUGGGAGAAGGUGGAAAGUAAAACAGGAGUCUACUACUGGCAUGUACCAUCUGGCACCACACAGUACCAACACCCUAACUUAUCUAGCAACCAGGAUCUGUCGGAGAAAGUUUGUCAGUUGCAGAUCUCUACACCUGAAACAGAGGAGCAGAGUUCAGUGUCACGUGAUCAGGACCAUACUUCACACCUCCCACCCGAACACCACAAGGUGAUUAACCUGGGAUACAUGGAGAUGGACGCUUCAACCUUAAAAGCAGCCAACAGUUCAGUUUCCAUAAACGAGUGUAUUAGAAAGCUCAGCUCAAUCAUGAACGACCCCUCACAAACCGAUAAUUUAAGCCUGCAAAUCCUGUUGUUUGAAGGGACCUACUUGAAACUUCUUGACUACAACAGCCGUGCAGUGUUAUCCAGACAGAACAUUUUAACCAUCAGGAGAUGGGGCGUAGGCAGCGAUGACGUCAGGAACUUUGCGUACGUGGUGAAGCAGAAGGGAACUAACAAUUACCGCUGUUUUGUCCUGCAUUGCUAUAACCCAGCCAGUCAGAUAGCACUCCACAUGAAGAACAUUUGUAAACUGGCGGCUGAGAAACGUGAAGAGGAGUUGAUUAAGGAGUUCAACUAUGAUCAACAGGAAGAUGUGGAAGGCUGUGUUGCACGCUGGUCCGAUCAGUUAGAAAAAAACCUGCAUAUGGACUACCGUGAAAUUGACUACGAAAGUCGUGAAAAGAUCAAGACUAAGGAUAAAACGACUCUGUCUGGCUGGGUUGUGGAUGCAGUGGACCUUGUUCGUCGGCAGAGUAGUCAGAUGUAUCUCUUGAAGGAGAUCAUCGAGUGCUUCAAGACGGAAGCACUAGCAGACAAAGAAAAGGUGAUCAGACUGCAGGGCCAGCUGCUGAUGCAGAAGGACGAACAACUACAGUUGCUUAAGACGUCUGUUGAGGAGACAGUCCAAACAACGGUGGAGUCAGGGAUUCAGAACUAUAGUGCAGCUGUUCAACAGAACAGUGCUAGUGGUACGGUCUGCAACAGUAAAAUCCUGAAGAAGGUGAUGAAGAGUGUGGCUGCAGAGGAGGACAGGAGCAAGAACCUGAUCGUGUUUGGGCUGAAAGAAGAGGAGGAAGAACAGCUUCCAGCGCUAGUUACCGCAAUUCUGAUGAAAACAGGGAGACUGAGGGAGACGCACAAAGAUGUAUGGAUAUGUCCAGACAGAUCCAGCGAAGAACGAGCAACAAGGAAGCAUCUGGUCACUGACCUGAAGAAGAAGAGGGCGGAACAGACUCAUCUCGACCACUACAUCCGGUACGGGAAGGUAUGUAGCCGUGAUAAGAAGUCAUCAUGA